CUCGCUGGACAAUUGGGGCAGUACUUCCACUACCUCUUGCCGAAGAGAGGCGUUUUUCUAUUGACUUAAAGUCUAUUGACUGACAAACAUCUCCCACCGCGGUCCCCUCCGUCCUCAAGCUAAAACACAUCUCUUCGCCGAUUGUCUGAGAAGGUGAGAAGAUAAAACUGAAGAAAACUCCAAGAUUUAGUCAGCGGACACGCUGAAGCUGCUUUCUACAACAGUUUGAGACCUCAUCAUUUCUUGAUGUUCAGGAGCAUAGAGUGCAGAGUGGCGUGUGUGAGUGCUUUGCAAGUUUGCAAGCUCACCCCCCUUUCCACAACCACUUGCCACCCUGCGCCCCCCACCUCAACCCCCAGCGGCGCACCCCGGGAGGUCGGGCUGCUGAGGGCGCCGGCAAAGCGCCAUGGUAACCCACAGCAGGUUUGACUCCUUCCCCGUCAUGAGCAGCAGUGCUGUGGAGUGUGGCCGGCGGCUGCCGCACCACCACCGCUACAAGACCUUCAGCUCACGCCUGCAGUACCAGCUGGUGCUGUCGGCCGUGCGCAAGCUCCAGGAGAGCGGCUUCUACUGGAGCGCCAUGGGGGGCAAGGAGGCCAGUACCAUGCUCAGCGCCGAGCCCACCGGCACCUUCUUGGUGCGCGACAGCUCUGACCACCGCCACUUCUUCACCCUCAGUGUCAAGACUGCCACGGGCACCAAGAACCUGCGCAUCCAGUGCGACACCUGCUCCUUUUACCUGCAGACGGACCCGCGCGACGCCCAGAAGGUGCCCCGCUUUGACUGCGUGCUCAAGCUCAUCCACCACUACAUGCCCUCCACUGGCAGCUCCAACAGCGGCAGCUCCUCCUCAGCAGGUGGUGGUAGCAGUGGCAGCGACGGUGCUAGUAGCUCCUCGGCUACAGGGGAUUGUGGGAAGGGGCCGGCGGGAGGAUCCGGGGGGAGCGCGUACUUCAUCUACUCUGGAGGGGAGAAGGUGCCUCUGGAGCUUCUGAGGCCGCUGAGCUGCAGCAUGUCCACGCUGCAGCACCUCUGCCGUAAGACUGUUAACGGACACCUGGACGUGUCCACCAAGAGGGACCAGCUCCCCACGACCCUCCAGGAGUUCCUCGAGGAGUACGAUGCACCCAUCUGACCUUUGCACCCACACACACUUCAACAGUGCUAUCCCCCCCCCAUCUUACUCCUCAAAACAGAACCACAUGAAACACAACGGUCUCUUCACGUGCUUUGGACUUUGUGUUUGAGAGAUGCGUCUUGGGACGCGUGGACGUUUACGGUCAGACGGGGGUCACGAGCAGAAACGGCUCAGUCAGAAAUGUGACCAGUCACAGGCCCGAGAGAGCAGAGGAUGCUGGGAGUCCCGGCCGUGUGAACCGAGGCGCUAACACCAGGCAUGGUUUUAGCCAUUUUUACAAGUUCUCUGUGUGUCUGUCAGUAUUGCGGGCUGAACGCCAGCCCAACUGUGCCUUUGAGUGCUUUGAGGAGACUGUGAGAGAAAUCGAGAGAAAUCGAGAGAGAGAGAGAUUGUUUUGGCCCUGGAAUGGACAGCACAAAAGAAGUAUUCCUAUGGAAUGUGGCGCAGAUGCCUUCAGGUUGACAGUUGACCAGCUCUGGACAUGAAAACACAAAACAUGGGGGUGAACAAUUGCGAUUUUUCUUUUUUUUUUUUUUUUUUUUUUUUUUUUUUUUUUUUGCCUCAAGAAGGAGAGAAUUUCGUCUUGCUGCAGAUUUUUCCAGAUGAGGAAUGACGUCUGUCACAUUUCCGCAGUGGACUACUCUGGUGUUGUGUCAGUCUCGGAGUUAAGUGUGCUGCUAGGGCUGCCAUCCAGCCCUCACUAUCGAUCAGGAGAAGCUCUCUCACUUUGUUUCAUCCUGGUUGACAUUUGGACUCCUCCACGAAAGAGUUUGGCUCGUGUGUGUGUGUGUGUGUGUGUGUGUGUAUGGAGAAGGCCCUGGCGGUGACUGCAUGACGUUCACAUUUCCACAGCUGCUUGCCAAGCGGAGCAGCCGCCUGGAUCAGUGGGUGUGGGGGUGGGCCUGGGCCUGUGCCUGUGAAGCAGCAACUCUCCCCAACGUCCACUCAGAGCCACUCAGAGCCAGAGCACAGCCAGCCUCACCUUCUCUCUCUCUCUUUCUCUCUUUCUCUCUCUCUCUCUCUCCCUCUCUCUCCCUCUCUCUCCCUCUCUCCUCUCAUCAUAACCUCCUAACUCCCUCCUCUCUGUCUUUCCCCUGAAUUUCAGCAGCCAUCUUUUGGUGCCAGCUUCACCCUGCUCUCUCUCUCAUUUGUCUCCCCUCUCUCUCUCUCUCUCUCUCUCUCUCUCUCUCUCUCUCUCUCUCUCUCUCUCUCUCUCUCUCUCUCUCUCUCUCUCUCUCUCUCUCUUUUGACAUGAGUUUGAAAAUGAGAAGAAACCCAGUUUUGUUACUUAGAGGAAAUUCUUGCCACAGGCCAAAAUAAAUAAUUAUUUCCUCUCUGGCCCAAAAAGCCAAGCAAAUAUUUAAAAUGCGUCAGCAAUGCCGUUGCAGCACGAGCCGCGAGGGCCAACUCCACAGACGUAUACUGUGAAAUCUUAGCCAAGCACAGUAUGCAAAAGAAAAUCCUUAAUGUACUUCUCUGGAUCCUGACAUGGAGGCUGACAUGCCUCUUAAAUAAACAAGAGACAAGGCUGGACUCUCUUCAGACAAUGGAGGGGUGGGAGCAGAAAAAGAAGACAACACCAAUCAGACGCGCAGUGUCUCCGAUCCCUCAUCACAACAAUAACGACAAAUGUGUUUGGUUUCGCGCAAGCAGAAUGUGGGGUCUGCUGUCAACAUGAAUGUAUUCCUCUUAGUGUAUGUAAGGGCUUUCCGGCUCCUCUUGUAGUUUUCUAGAGUUGUGUUAAUUUUGUUGUUGUUUUUUGUUUUUGUUUUUGUACUCUUUUGUCAAAUUAAGAUGAUGCAUACAUGUGUCACAACCAAACAGACAACAUGUUGUUUUUGAAUCCUCUUGUCUUUUAUAAAGAUGUCACUCAUCUUAAAGUGCAGUCUAGUGACUGAGAGUGCAAGCUUGAAGAUCUGGAAGCGGAAGCAUUACAUACGGAAAUGCAGACAGAAACUUUGCACAUAUUUAUAUUUAUAAGAUAUUUCAAUAAUUUAUAUUAAAGAGCACUAUUUUUACAAAAUGAA